AUGUCAGACCACAAGACGCCACUCGAGGCACCGCCGGCAUACGACGCCGACUCCGAACACACACCUCUCGUCGCUGGGGCACCCGCUCCAGUCCGCCAGCAAAUUGCCCGCGCCCCUCUGCCCCUUGAGCUUCCCGCACUACAGUCUCUCCGUGGCAAGAGAGUGAUCCUGGCCUCGGCCUCGCCGCGACGAAAGCAGCUCCUCAAUCAGAUCGGUCUACGAGACUUGGAGAUCAUCCCUUGCACAGCUCCCGAAGACUUCAGCAAAGCCCUCGCUCCUUUCGAAUACGUCCUACAAACAGCCGAGCAGAAAUGUUCUCUCAUCUACCGUCAAGAGAUCGAUUCCGACAAGGGCGAGCCUGCGUUGGUCAUUGCGGCCGACACGGUCGUUGUGAGCCCCAUGGGUGACAUUCUGGAGAAGCCAAGAAGCGAGAGAGAGCACAUUUCGGUCCUCAAGGCCUUGAGGAACAGCGGCUGGCACAAGGUCUACACCGCUGUCGUCUGUAUGGCUCCCUUGGAAAGUGCCAUGGACCCUGGCUACGCUUUGAAGAGACACGUCGAGGAGACCAACGUCAAAUUCGACGCUGCAGUAUCUGACGAACUCAUUCUCGCAUACGUAAAGACUCGCGAAGGCGCCGACAAGGCCGGUGGCUACGGUAUUCAAGGCAUGGGUGCCAUUCUUGUCGAAAAGAUUGAUGGCUCAUACGACAACGUUGUCGGUCUACCGCUCAAUGCGACCAUGAAGCUCAUCGGUCAAGUCUUGAACCCCGACCUCCAGGCUGAAGAAGACGAU